AAAAAAACCAAUGAAAAUAAAUAUGUCUUUAUUUCCAUGUUUGCAAAUGAGAAUUCAGUGUUUCCUUUUUCACCAACUACAAAAGCCUUCAGCCUACUGUGUAUAAGGCACACAGCAUCUGGAUGAAGCUCAGCUGAGCUGUCUGCGGAAAUACAGAGAUUUUUAUGAAGACAGCUUUAAACCCAGCCAUUAACAAAUCUGGAUGGUUGCUGGUUUAACAUUCCCUUUUUAAAGGGAACAUAUUGAAUUUUCAAGAAUCAUAUAUACAUAGCAUUUUAGAUGAAUGUAUUAAGAAGUCUUCAGCAGUGAUAUUAGACAUUGGGACAUUCUCUUAUAGGCAAUGGGUGGUGUCAUAAAGAACAUAUCUACAUUCGUUUUAAUUGUGGAAUUUAUAAUUGGAAAUUUAGGAAAUAGUUUCAUAGCACUGGUGAACUGUAUUGACUGGGUCAAGAGAAGAAAGAUCUCUUUAGUUGAUCAGCUCCUCACUGCUUUGGCAAUCUCUAGAAUUAGCCUGGUUUGGUUAAUAUUCGGAAGCUGGUGUGUGUCUGCGUUUUUCCCAGCUUUGUUUGCCACUGAAAAAAUGUUCAGAAUGCUUACUAAUAUCUGGGCAGUGACCAAUCAUUUUAGUGUCUGGUUAGCUACAGGCCUCGGUACUUUUUAUUUUCUCAAGAUAGCCAAUUUUUCUAACUCUAUUUUUAUCUACCUAAAGUGGAGAGUUAAAAAGGUGGUUUUGGUGCUGCUUCUUGUGACUUCAGUCUUCUUGUUUUUAAAUAUUGCACUGAUAAACAUCCAUAUAAAUGCCAGUAUCAACGGAUACGGAGGAAACAAGACUUGCAGUUCUGAUUCAAAUGACUUUACACGAUUUUCCAGUCUUAUUGCAUUAACCAGCAGUGUGUUCAUUUUCAUACCCUUUAUUUUGUCCCUGGCAAUUUUUCUUCUCCUCACCUUCUCCCUGUGGAAACACUGCAAGAAGAUGCAGCACACUGUCAAAGCAUCUGGAGAUGCCAGCACCAAAGCCCACAGAGGAGUUAUGCAAACUGUGAUUGCUUUCCUCCUACUCUAUCCCAUUUUCUCUCUGUCUUUUUUCAUAGCAGUUUGGACCUCUGGAUGGUUGGAGGAAAAUCUAAUUAUUCUUUCCCAGGUGAUGGGAAUGGCUUAUCCUUCAUGUCACUCAUGUAUUCUGAUUCUUGGAAACAAGAAGCUGAGACAGGCCUCUCUGUCAGUGCUAUGGUGGCUGAAAUACAGGUUCAAAGAUGGGGAGCCCUCAGGUCACAAAGGAUUUAGGGAAUCAUCUUGAAUAUAUUAGAAAAAAAUAGUUCCUAAGAAAUUCUUGGGUGUGAUAUAAAUUUAUACUUCCUUAAGAUUCUUUCAUUAUGUAUAGGAAUUUUACAAAGAUAUGUUUGGAAUCAACACCAUCCAAACAUAUCACAAAUUAGGAUAUAUGAAAGUAUGUAUAUUACAAUACAGAGAAGAAUGUGAAUACUAUAAAGAGUUCUUAUACAAAUAGAUAAUAUAGAUUUUGUAUCAAUCAUUAACCUUUUUUGAGAUUUUUAAAUGAGAAACCUAUAAUGUAUAAGAUACGUGUGUGUGUGUGUGACACAGUUACUGAAAAUAGGCUGCUUAAACUUACAUCUCAAUCUGGUAGAUAAAGUACAUAAAAUAAUAUGGAAUUUUAGUACCUAUAUUAAAUGUUUUUAAUUUUUGUAUAAUAUUUAGUACCUGAUUAACAUGUAUGCAAAAAACUAAUUUGCUUUGUUUGUUGAAUUAGAAGCCUUACUAAACUAUCACAUUUGCUUUGCUCAUUCUCUUGUCUUUGCAGAUAGAAAAUUAUAUCAUCUGCAUAUAGUGAUUUAUAAUGAUUAUUUUACUUCUCCAUUUUACUACUUGUAAUUCUUUUUUUGGUAUCGGUUAUAUAAUGAAAUAGUUUGAACAUUCAAAGUGUUAAGCAAUUCUGAUCGUAACUGCUAUCUUUGCAAAUGGAGUGUUUUCUAGUGUUUUAACAAUAAACAUAAUACUGACUCUAGCUUUGAGAUAAAUUCUUUUAAAAAUAAUCUUCAGGGAGAAUAUUUGUUUCCUAUCUUCCUGUGUGUAGUAUUAUAAUAAAAUCUCUGUUAAAAACUAUCACUUUUUUUGCUGUUUAUUAAGAUGAUCAUAUUUUCCCUCUCCUCUGACCAAUUAAAAUAAUGUUACUUGUUAAUGGUGGUACAUAAAACAAUGAUAUGUCUUCUAGUCUAUGCAUUCUAGACUUAAUAAAAUACAAUAUACAUAUUCAUACACACACACGUGCGCGCGCGCACACACACACACACACAGAGAAAGAAAAUUGCAACCUUAGAGGCAAAUUGGAAUUCAGAAAGUAGCUGCAAGGUAGCGAGAGGUAAUCUCCAAAAGGGGAAAAUAAUCCCAGUUUGAAGAACAUGAAAAAUUGUGUCAAAGAAUUGUAUGCCAGAAGACAACUGAUUCAUUUUUUCAAGGGCUAAGGAAUGUAACUAUAAUCCUGAAUUCUUUGCUAAAAAUUUGUUCUGGGGUUUGAAUUAAAUAAUAACAUUCCCCUCUCCCCUUAAAAAAAGAUGAGAGCUAUUUACUAAACAUACCUCCUUACUGAAAAUGUUACUAACCAAUCUGCUUCAGAAACACUGUUAGGGACUAACUUGUUUGUCUCCAAAAUCCAUGUUUUGAAGCCCGCACUCUCAAUGUGACUGUAUUUGGAUAUGAGGCUUUUAAGUAGGUAGUUAAGGUAAAAUUAGGCCAUACAGUGAGGCCGUAAUACAAUAGGACUGGUGUCUUUAUAAAAA